AUAGCUUCGACAUUAUAAUAUGUACGGCUACCAAGCAGGAGGAGCCUACUUCCCACUAUCGCCAUCAACGGCGUACAAGACGGCGAAUGGAGGGCAGACUCAAAAUGCGAAAGACUACUCCACUGUCGCAUCUCCAAAGAACAUUGAGGUGAUGGACGACAGAAUCCGCACACGAGUUGCAAAUCCGGUGCCUCCGGUGAAAAUAGUCCCCACCCCCACGCAAGAUUCCGGUCACUUUGUGGGGUACGUUGGAGAUUCUAUCAAUCGCUCCAAAGAUUUCCCUAGCGGGAGGUAUAUCAUCAAGCGAAAACUGGGUGCGGGAACCUAUGGAAAGGUUUUGGAAUGUACGGACAAGAAAUACAAUUUGCCAGUUGCGGUCAAGAUUGUACGGAGAGAUCCUCCGAUCUACAAAGAAGCAGCAAAGAAGGAGAUCAAAGUGCUCCGUUACCUCGGUGGAACUCAUGGCCUGGUGAAGCUUCUGCGAGACUUCGUUCACGACGGGCACAUAUGCAUGUCAUUGGAAAUGUAUGGAGACAACAUUCAGCAUUACAUGAGACGGAACAAGAAACCUUUCAAGAUCCAGGAGAUCAAGGAUAUUGGUCUGCAGAUAGUGCAUGCUACUUGUUACAUGCACAACAAGGGCGUUAUCCACACUGAUAUAAAAGCUGAGAACAUUUUACUCGCGCAUGGCCCUGAUGGUGCAGUUACAAUCAAAGUCGUUGACUUGGGCUCCGCUAUCUUUGUCAAUGACUGGCACCCACCAGUCAUCGGAACGUUGGAGUACAGAGCGCCAGAGAUCAUUCUACAAGCAGCUUGGUCGUAUCCUGUGGACAUGUACGCGAUCGGUUGUGUGCUGGCGGAGCUUUGUAUCGGAGACUUCCUCUUUCCUGCAUGCAACGAAGCCGAAUAUCUCAGCGUCAUCUCCUUCGUGACGGAGAACUCGUUUCCUCCUGACUUGAUUCGGCAAGGAAAGGCAUCUGCCAAGUACAGGCUGAGAUCCGACUGUACCCGACCGGUCAGGAGUUUGUCUGCGGGGUCAAGGGUCAAGAAGGUCUUGUCAGACAUGAUCUACGACGCGCAGCUCCUCUCGCUUCUUGAGGACAUGCUCGCCUUCGACCCCAACCUACGUAUCAACGCCACGGAUGCGAAGAAGCACCCCUUCUUCUUUGACAGGUAA